AUGGAGAUCUUGAUCUAUUUGUCCUGGGCUUUGUUGCUUGCCCUCUUCUCCUUUGUUUUUCUAAAGAAGAAGAAUCAACGACUUCCUCCGGGCCCUAGAGGUCUUCCGAUCAUCGGAAUCUUGCACCAAUUCACAGGAAUCCCUCACAAGUGGUUUCAUCAGCUGUCACUCAAACACGGACCCGUGAUGUCUCUUCCUCUAGGGCUUACGACAGCUGUUGUGAUCUCCUCAAGCGAAGCGGCUGAAGAAGUUCUCAAAACCAAAGAUGUCGAGACAUGUACUCGGCCACAGAUGUUGGGGGCGAGGAGACUCUCGUAUAACUUUAAAGACAUCACUUUUGCACAGUUCACUGAUACUUGGAAAGAGAACCGUAAAGUCUCGAUGGUGGAGCUUUUGAACUUCAAGAAGCUUCAAACUUUUAAGUCUUUAAAGGAGGAAGAGAUGGAUUUCAUGGUGAAGAAGAUAUCCAAUUCGGCUUUGGAACAAUCUCCCGUGGAUAUAAACAACAUUUCUAUGGGCCUCGUCUCCCACAUCUUAUGUAGAUCAUCGUUAGGACAGAACUUGCACACGAACAAGUUUUUCGACGAGGAGAAAAUCAUACAGCUUGUCAUGGAAGGCUCCCUAGCCACAGGUGAAUUUGGUGUCGCUGAUUUCUAUCCUGGCAAACUAGGAAACUUUGCAGAUUGGUUGCUCCAAAGAAAAAGAGUGAUACUAGAGAAAAUGUUUAAGGAGCUUGAUGAUUUUUACCAACAUGUGAUUGAUGAUCACUUGAAGUCAUUAGAUGGACCCAAAGGUACAGAUCCUUCUGCCGAUAUCGUUUCCGGGAUGCUGAAAUUGGUUGAUAAAAAUGGAACUCCUGGUUCCAAAAGCAAUUUGGAUCAAGUCAAAGGAGUACUCAUGAAUCUUUUCCUAGGAGGGAUAGAUACAGUUGCCAUAAUUCUGAUAUGGGCAAUGACAGAACUCAUUAGAAACCCAAGGGCGAUGAAGAAAGCACAAGAAGAGAUUCGGUCUGUCCUCGGAGAGAAAAGAGAGAAUCUCACGGAAGAAGACCUAGAGAAAGUUGAAUACUUGAAGCUCAUAGUCAAGGAAACAUUCAGAUUGCAUCCAUCAGUUCCAACUAUACCUAGAGAAUCAAUGUCUCCAAUAACGAUCCAAGGCUAUGAUAUCCCUGCAAAGACGCGGAUGUACAUCAACGUAUGGGCGAUUGGACGAGAGGCCAAGGUAAUAUCCCGUAUAGAGAAGUUAUGGUAA